CUCGGACUAACGCCAUGAGGCUCUGGUCGUGGUACACGCGCUUGUUGUCAACGUAUCCCCUAUUGACACAAGCGAGUACAGCUGGUGUUAUUACAAUGGUUGGCGAUAUCAUUGCCCAACAGUGUAUCGAAAGAAAAGGAAUCAAAAACCACAAGUUUGGAAGGUCCAUAAAAAUGGGGACGAUUGGAUUGUUCUUUACGGGUCCUGUGUUGCGAUUCUGGUAUAUUCGGCUGGACAAACUCGUUCCAGGGACGCCUACUUUGCCUCGAGUUGUAAAGCGAAUUGCAUUGGAUCAGGCAAUAUUUGCUCCUCUGUUUCUUGCUUCGUUUUUUGUUCUCCUGGCUGGUGUCGAACGAAAGACUCGACAAGAGAUUUGGAACAAGCUAAAACAGAAUUACUAUCAAGCACUUGCAGCUAACUACAUGCUUUGGCCUGCAGCACAAGCUUUGACAUUCUCUGUGGUUCCGUUGCGGCACAGAGUUGGAUUUGUAAGUCUUGUUGCACUCAUUUGGAAUACAUAUCUUGCCUGGGUUGCUCACCGCUACGAGAACUACUAGUUGAUGCUGGAUGGUCGUAUGAUGUAUACCAACAUGUAAAUAUAAAGUUACAUAUCAAUGAAUAACAAAAUUAGAUGAAUAUAUGUAUGACAUAAUAGGUUAUCAUGUUGUAUUGGUCUGUAUUAUUAAUUAAAACUAUACAAUUUUGAUAUUCAAAAUUUGAAACUAAAAGUGAAAUUGUAA